AUGAUAGCUUUUGCGAAAAGCCUAGUGCUUUCCUUUCGCGAUCUGAGGCCUAACGACGCACACGGCCUUGAUAAUAAUACGCCACAGCGGCCGGGAAAGAGGAAGAUUGGUGACACCACGAAUCAACUCAAGGACUACACACCUAUGAAGAUCAAGGAGGAGCCUGGCUCAGACACCUACACAAAGCGUCGCAAACUAAAUGACAUCACGCCCCGACGCACAAAGCCCGUCAAGCAGCUCAAUAGUGCACCAACACGACGACUGGAAAUUGCAGUGUUCGGGAGCGGAGAGAAUGGCGAACUUGGUCUACGAAAUAAGAUCUGCGACAAGAGGAGCCCUGUGAACGCAAGCAAACCGCGUCUCAACCAUGUACUAAACUCAGAGGAUGUAGGCAUUGUUCAAGUAGCAGUCGGAAGCAUGCACUGCGCUGCACUCACACACGACGGCCGAGUCUUGACUUGGGGUGCCAACGACUCCAGGGCUCUUGGUCGAAGUACAAAAUGGGAACAGCCCGCGCUACGCCACCCAGACGUAACGGAUUUGAACCCUCUCGAGAGCACGCCCGCGCCUGCAGAAGGACUGGAACAUCUGAAGUCGGAUAUCACGCAAGUUGCUGCCACUGAUAAUGCGACCUUUGUCCUUACUAGAUCUGGGCUUGUAUACGGCUGGGGCACCUUUUUUGGAAGUGACGGCGUGUACGGCUUUUUGCGAGAGAAAAUGCGCCCCCAGAAAAAGUCCAAGUGCAAAGAACGCUUCCAAGUCACACCCAUCCAAAUAGCAGGCCUCAAAGAUAUCAAGGAGCUCUCCACCGGCGCAAACCACGUGCUCGCUCUUACAGAAUCAGGAGACGUAUACGCCUGGGGGUCCGGGCAACAGGCUGAACUUGGCCGUCGUCUUGUCCAGCGACAUCAAUUCGAAUCCUUGAUCCCGCGAAUGGUGGAUUUACCAAGGCGGGGAAUCGUCAAGGUCUUUGCUGGGUUCAACCAUAGCUUCGCGAUAGAUAAGGAGGACCAAGUGUGGACCUGGGGACUGAACAACUUUGGCCAAACGGGUCUUGCAGCCAGCGAGGAUAAUCUUCACGUUGGCAUCCCAAAAAUCGUUGAAGGGCUCAAAGGGUACGAGAUUCGCCACAUGGCCGGUGGGUUUCAGCACAGCAUGGCGUGCACGAAGGAUGGAAAGGUUCUUGCAUGGGGAAGAUGUGACGACAGCCAGGUUGGGAUGGAUUUGUCUGCAUUGCCCAGGGAACAUGUCCUGUUCGACAGCCGGGGAAGGCCGAGGAUUUUGCUGCAGCCUACCAUUAUCCCUGGAAUUACGGCUACCCUCGUCGCAGCCGGCAUCGACAACUCCUUCGCCAUCACCCCGGAAGGCAAAGUGCUGACCUGGGGAUACUCUGAAAACUGUCGAACGGGCCAGGGGUCUGAAACAACCAUCGAGAGACCUACAGAACUUGGAGGAAGCGCGGUUUCUGGUAAAUCGUUUACGUUUGCUGCUUGCAGAGGCCAAUUCUCACUCAUUGCGAGCACACGAGAGUCAUGA